AUGGCUAUCACUAAAUCCACAUUAAUUUUUUUAACGGCACUCUUCAUUAUCCAGAUCGUUAAUGUUCGUGGUGGCAGCAUAUUCUCUGGUACCGGCGAAGUUCCGCCAUAUGGCGGUAUAUGGUAUGCGUGUAGUAACUUUAACACAACUUAUAUAAGUUUCAGUCUACGCGUUUCCAACACAUCGUUAGAUGUAACGCCCAAUUUCCUCGGCACAGUCGUACCUGGACAAUCGCCACGCAACAUGUCUAAAUACAUUCCCGCCCUUAUAGCUUAUGAAAUGACUGCCGGCAACGUAACACUUUUUGCCUCCAACGUUUCUAAUACGAGCUUCCAAUACAUCCCUUCGUUGUCUUGCUAUGAAAUGCCAGUUCAAUCUUGUGAUCAGGAUGUUGGUGAUUUACCAUUAGACGAUGAUCUUCCUCAAUGUUUGGCGUUACAAAAUCCAACCGCACAACCAGUAUACUUCAAUUUAAGUAUUAGUUGGGUUAAAAGUGUGUUUGUCACCAAUUUCACGAGUCCUGAUGUUCCAGGUGGACAUGAAGCUUUAAAGAACAUUGCAGUUUCUAACAAACAAGUUUAUGGAUUUACACAAGUCUUGAUUUGUACUUUUAUGGUCCUUGUUUUUAGUAAAUUUUUGCAUUAG